AAGGAAAAGUGUCAAACCAGACAGAGCUGCAUGACCUCAGGGAAUCCCUUCAUCUGUAUUGUCCAGUAGAAAUAAAAAAGGAUCACUGAAGAAAAACAUGAUGGAAGAUUCAUAAGCCAUAGAAGAAAAACAGAAUACUUAACCAAGAGCUGUGGUCAGAGGUCGGGACAGUCAAUCACUGGCACAAAGAGCUUCUUUUGAGUGAAUCAUAAGGAUGAUGUCAGAUGUGCAGAGUGGCAAUCUUCCUCUUGCUCUGCUGGGAAGCAUUGAGGUUCCCCCUCAAUCCAAAGAUUCAACAAGAGCUCAAGCAACCUCCAACAAUCACAAAGCAGUCACCUAAAGACUACAUUGUCGACCCCAGGGAUAACAUCAUAAUUGAGUGUGAAGCUAAAGGAAACCCCCUUCCCAGCUACACAUGGACACAUAACAGAAAGUUCUUCAAUGUGGCAAAGGAUCCUCGUGUAACAAUGAGACGUAAUUCUGGUACACUAGAGAUUGGUUUCCGAAGUGGAGGGCGUCCUGAUGAAUAUGGGGGAGAGUAUCAAUGUUUUGCUAAGAAUGAAUUUGGGACUGCCUCUAACAAAAUAUUGCUCCGUGUUUCAAAAUCGCCACUUUGGUCCAAAGCGUAUCUGGAGCCAGCAGUUGUCAAUGAAGGCUCUCAUGCCAUUCUGACAUGUAAUCCACCGCCUGGCCUCCCACCACCCACCUUUUGGAUGAAUAGUGCCAUGUUACCCAUCACUCAGGAUCGACGAGUCUCGAUGGGGCUGAAUGGAGACUUGUACUUCUCCAAUGUUCUAGCCAAGGAUGCUGAAACAGACUACAGCUGUAAUGUCCAUUUCCAUUUCGCACAUACCAUUCAGCAAAAGAAUCCAUUCACUCUGAAAGUAUUGACCACACGAGGCAUCACAGAGACCACACUGACAUUUCUUUCCCCUACUGGAACAUCUAGUUCUAAGACUGUUCUGCGUGGUGAUGAACUGCUUCUGGAGUGCAUUGCAGCAGGAGUACCUACUCCUAGCAUUACCUGGUACAAGAAAGGAGGAGACCCUCCCAGCAAGAAGGUUAAGUUUGAAAACUUCAAGACAUUACGCAUAGUUGGGGUGUCUGAAGCUAAUGCAGGCGACUACUCCUGCCUGGCCAGUAACAAAAUGGGCAGCAUUCGUCACACCAUCUCAGUUAGGUACAAAGCUUCACCAUACUGGCUGUCUGAACCGAAAAAUCUGAUCCUUGCUCCGGAGGAAGAUGGAAAUCUUAUUUGUCGAGCAAAUGGACUGCGUAAACCGGAGAUUACAUGGCUUAUCAAUGGAGAUCCUAUAGAAAGUGCUCCUCCAAAUCCAAGCUGUCGUGUUGCAGGCGACACCAUCAUUUUCUGCUCUGUUCAGAUUGGUAGUAGUGUGGUUUAUCAGUGCAAUGCUUCAAAUGAACAUGGGUACUUGUUAGCUAAUGCUUUCGUCAAUAUCCUAGAUGUUCAGCCCCGCAUGCUAGCUCCACAGAGCAGUCGGACUCAUUUGGACUGCCCAUUUUUUGGCUCUUCCUUGCCCAUGUUACAUUGGUUUAAGAAUGGUCAGGGCAGUAACUUAGAUGGAGGACAGUACCGCACCUAUGACAAUGGAACACUAGAAAUCAAACGGGCACGGAAAGAGGACCAGGGCACUUACACAUGUGUGGCACCAAACAUUUUGGGCAAGGCUGAGAAGCAAGUCCGGCUUGAAGUAAAAGACCCAACACGCAUUGUGAGAGCCCCAGAGAACUUGGUCAUAAAACGUGGGGAGAAUGCUCGGUUUAACUGUCGAAUCUCAUAUGACCUCUCUCUUCGCUUAACUGUUACCUGGCUCAAAGAUGACAACCCCCUGUCUGGCUGGAGGAUGAAGAAAGAUGAGUCAUUGACAGUUACCAAUGUCAACGAGCAAGAUGAGGGAGUUUAUACCUGUAUUGUGAGCACUGAACUUGAUUCAGAUUCUGCCAAAGCCCGCCUUACUGUCCAGGAUGAUCCAACUUCUCGCAUUGUGCCUGAAAUUAAAGACCGUCCAGAGCCCCCUACAGAUCUAGAGCUCACAGACCCCUCAGAAAGGAGUGUGCGACCUACCUGGGUUCCAGGAGAAGACAACCACAGUCCCAUGAAAGGUAGAAGGUGUGCCUAUUUGGAACCUCCAGCAGAGCUCCCAACACUUCAGAAUGGAAAUAUCAUUGGCUCUGUCCAGCACUGCCUGAGGACAAAGUGCUGCUAUGGGGCAUUUCAACUGCUGGAUGGCCAUGUCAUACCUGUUAUGCAAGCCUGCACUGAAGUUGAUAACUUGUUGGGAGUUGCAAGUUGUCUUCACCAGUCUGAAACCCCUCAACUACGCAAUUUGUUAUUGCAACUCAGAUCUGUGCAACUCAAACAUUUCCAAGAUGAUGACAGUUCCAUUGAUAACCACUGCAACGGUUCUGGUAGAUUCAGCAACCCCUGUUGA